AUGUCUAGAAGGAAUUGUGAUUUCGAAGAAAUUGCGGAAGAUUACGAAUGGCAUGGGUGGAUCAUGGCCAAAUUUAAGAGCAUACUUAUAUCAGAAUUCGGACAUACGUGGGUAACAGCUUGUUGCAAGGACAAAGUUGAAGACGAAACUGAGGACGAAAUUGGAGACGAAGUUGAAGACAAAAUUGAGGACGAAAUUGAAGGCGAAGUUGCAGACGAAGUUGUAGACGAAAUUGUAGACGAAGUUGAAGACGAAGGGGACGGGGAGACCGACGCGAUCCAGAAGAGGAGCGCAGGAUCGAACGGGUUGCCGGGAGCAAGCGACGGUGAAGAGAUGCAGGAAGCGGUUCCGGCAGUCGUGAUAGGAGGAAAGACGGUAGACGAAUAUGUAUACGAAGACGAUUGGAAGAACAAGAGCGCGAGCGACGAUGAAGCCGACGAUGAAAACCAUGACGAGGACGAUGGAAAGAACGAUGGCGCAAGCGACGGGAAGCGCAACAAUGAAAACGAGAAAGAAGAGGAGAGAGAAAAUCAUGAGGCCGAGGGCGACGAUGAAGACGAAGACGAGGACAAUGGAGAGAACGAUGGCGCGAGCGACGGGAAGGAUGGCGAUGAAGACGAAGACGAGGGCGCACACAAGGUCACAAAUAAGGACGAAGGCGAGAAGGACGAGAGCAAAGACGAGAACAAAGACGAGAGCGAAGACCAGAACGAAGACGAGACCGAAGACGAGAACGGAGACGUGAAAGAAGACGAGAACGGAGACGAGAACGAAGACGAGAACGAAGACGAGAACGAAGACGAGAACGAAGACGAGAACGAAGAUGACGAGGACGAAGACGGUUGGAAGAACAAGUGCGCGAAAGACGAUUAA